UCAUAGAUAAUGCAGGAACAAAAAAAGACAUCCGCCAGUUUGUCCUGCUUAGGUCACAUUUAACGGAUUUUGUUCUUGUGGUUUAUUUGUUUGCGAAAAAAUUGCUGAUCUCUGGCAGCAGAGGACGACCUUUACAACUCAUUUGUAUGGGUGUUGCGAGAGGAAAGCAGGUUGUUUUGUGUGUGUGUGUGUGUGUGUGUUAAGCAUGUGUUUGUCAGAAUGUGUGAAUGUGUCCAAAAUUGGGGGUAUUUGGUAAUUUGUUACACAGUCACCAUUUCCUUUCCAUUUUUUUAACGGCCAUAUUUUGUUUCUUAACAAAGAUUUACUUCAUGAGCGCAUUACCACGGAAAGCUACCACCAGUUGCACUCUAGGAGAAAUGAUACUUUGAAGUCAUCGGCGAAGUUUCAUUAUGAAGAACUGCUCAACUGAAGACGUGGACACUUUAAUGCAGAAGCUGGACUUGGUGAUUUAUGUGCCUGUCCUGGUGUUCGGCUUGGCGUUAAACAUCGCAGCAUUGGUGGUGUUCUGUCGGCUGCUCAGAAAAUGGACCGAAUCCUCCAUCUACAUGACCAACCUGGCUCUGAUGGACCUUCUGUUGCUGCUGCAGUUGCCCUUCAAAAUGCACGCACCACACCACAAGUGGGCAGAAGACAAGAAGCUCUUUUGCUCCUUCCUGGAAAGUCUUUACUUUGUAGCUAUGUAUGGUAGCAUCUACACAAUUGUGUGCAUAGCCAUAGACAGGUACAUCGCCAUAAACCACCCGUUUCAAGCCAAGCAGGUGCGUUCGAAAAAAAAUGCCUUGAUUGUUUGCAUUUUAAUUUGGGUGUUCGCUAUGACAACGACUUCGCCCAUCUACACCUUCCGGGACAGGAAUUCAACAGAAGAGAAUUUCACCUGUUUCCAUGGCUUCUCUGACAAGGGUUGGAGCACUGCAAUAAUCGUGUGUCUGGAGUUCUUUGGUUUCCUGUUGCCCGCCACAGUACUGGUAGCGUGUUCCAUUCAGAGCGUCCGUACUCUCAAAGCCUCAAAGAACAGUGACCACAAGAGGCAAGCUGGUGUGAGAAUCAUCUACAGCAGCCUAGCGGCCUUUCUAGUGCCCUUCACCCCCUGUCACGUGGCCAUAUUCCUGCAGUAUCUUGUCCGUAAUGAAUUUAUUUCAGACUGCAAACAGCAAAAGAACAUCGCCCUUUUCAUACAGGUGUCAAUGAACAUUGCAAACGUGACCUGCUGCUUGGAUGCACUGUGUUACUAUUUCAUUGCGAAGGAAGUCCGAUCCACCAAGGAGACGCUAAGACUGUCCAUCAGCAGAGCGAGAACCACCAGCACCUCAGAUGUCUGAGGUGAAUUCAGUUUGGUAGUCUUUCAGAAUGUGUGCUGAUGGAUUUCCAGUGGAAGUAAAGUUGGGGUCAUAUUUGCGAAAUUUUGCGGUCGAAAAAAGUCUAUUGUUAAUAGAGUAGCGACGUGUGAAGCACAGCUCACAAAAAAGUAACUUUCAAACCCAACAGCUUUCUGUUGGUUAGGCUCAGCAAAUUCACAUGCCAACUUGAAUCCAUUGCGAAAUCGGCAUGGGGAAAUCUUUGACCCUCACACGAAAUUCCAGAUCAAGUGGGUUCCUAUUGAAAUAACGUUGACCGUGAAAAUUCACCAAACAACAGUAAAUGUGACUGCACCCUAAGAGACUUCAAGGAAACAUGUUGGACUGAUUUUAAAGAAUCUGUGCAUGUUUUAUGGACAUAAAUGGACAAAAUAUUACUCCUCUCAUUCCAGCUGAAGGCAUAGUUCACCCAAAAAUGCAAAUGCUGUCAGCAUUUACUCACUCUUAUGUCCAAAACGGCAUGAGUUUCUUUUUGAACAUAAAAUAAGAUAUUUUGAGAGAUGAGAAGUUUUUAUUUUAGCCAUGCAAAGAAAGUCAGUGGACUCCAAUGAUGAUUGUUUCCCAACGGUCUUCAAAAUAUCAUCUCUUGCGUUCAGUGUUGAGGGUAACACAUUUCAAGUAAGUUACGCAAAUUACGUAAUCAGAUUACUUUUUCAAGCAACUAGUAAAGUAACGCAUUACUUUUUAAUUUAUCUGAAAAUCUAUUUCUUCAAAUCAUAAUGCCAGUUACUUUGUUUUACUAUUUAUUGACUGACAGCUGUCCUGUUCUCAUGUUGAGUGAAGUAAGUGCAGCGGCUCUUACUGUAAUUCUAUACUGAAUGUAAACAUGCAUUUAUCUCAUUUGCAGAAAAACAGUCAGUAUUCCCCAAAAUGAAUAAAAACAAUGAAAUGCAAACUCAGAAUAUGACACAAACCUGCAAUAAUUAAAUAUGUUAAAUAACACAAAAAUCCUUUAUGUAUUUAAUCCCAUUUUUUAAACCAAUGUCUUUGCUGCUGACCUUUGAUGAUCCAAUUCAACCAACAAGCAAAAAUGACUUUAGAUAAACAUAACAUUUGUGUUUGUAACAUUGUAACAUUUUCUACUGUACAGAGGUGAAUUUUCAUUUCCUUCAGUCUGAGGCUUAUUCAUUUCCUUUUUGUGUGAAAGGGCUUUUUACAGUUGCAAAAAAUAGAACUCUUUAUAUUAAAAACAAACAAGCUCAGCUCAGAUUUAAAAAGUAACACAAAAGUAACGUAACGCAUUAUUUUCCAUAAAAAGAAACUAACAUAAUUAGUUACUUUUUUAGGGAGUAACUCAAUACUGUAACGCAUUAUUUCAAAAGUAACUUUCCCCAACACUGCUUGUAUUCUGCAGGAGAAACUCAUACAGGUUUGGACCGACAUGAGGUUGAGUAAAUGAUGACAGGUUUUCUUUUUUUUUCUUUCCAUUUAAUUCUACAAAGUGUGACAAAUAUGAGAAGAAAAAGGGAAUAGAGCAGAAACUUUACCCAAAAUUCGUCUGGAUUGGAGUAUAAGAUCAGGCUCACCCAAAUACUUUUCAUUUGUGGAAUGGAAGUCUAAAUUCCACAAGACGUUAGAUGUUAAAUUAGAUAACUAUCCUUUCUUAAAACCACAACUUUGACACCCUAUAUACCCUCCAAAGCCAUGACAGCAGACACCCACAGAAAAUGAUAACAUCUGAGAGCAUUUCUGAUUGGCUAAAAACGGGUGGGCUGCUCCCCUGACCCAUUUUUGCUGUUUUUGAGUCUAGGGCUACAAGAGAGUCGGGUGUGCUUUCUCAGGACUCCUAUUUUCGAAAAUUGGGACAUUUUAUGUUUGGAAUUCGAAAAAACGUACUGCAUUUAGAGUGCUACAGGAACAAUGCAUUUUUGUAGGCCAAAACCCAGAAAUUAAAUUUAACACUUUAGCACUUUCGGUUCCAUCGUCCUGAAGUCUUUUUUUCUGAACAGGUUUUUGGUUAAAUAGCUGAAUUAAGGUCUGUGGUUAACACAAGCUCAAGAUAUUUUCACGCCAUGACUUAAAAUACAUCAGUAAUACACCGUGACUUUUUAAAGCUUUAACUUGUCUUGAAAAGACAAAGUUAGCUAAAGGAGAACAGAGGUGGUCCGGGACAUUAAAUGUCAUCACAUCAAAAAGGUAAACUCAUCUACUCAGCAGUCUGCUUUUACAGGCUCACAGGAAAGGAAAAUGUCUUUAAAUAAAGAAUGAAAGAGUUGUCUGAAGUAUCGAUGGUGAUGGUGAAGAUGAAGUCAUGCAACUGUGGUGUAGUUCAUUUAUAGCCUAGUUUUUUACUUCUAGUGACUGUAUUUAGGGUUCAGGCUUCAAAAAGUCAUUCAUUUGUGAAGAUGAUUAUGAUGAGCAAAACAUGUAACAACGAUAAGCUUUUGUUGGUCACAGAGCUUAUUUUCUACAGUAAUCCAGAAGUCAAUGGAAAAAUCGUAUUAGGUUUUUAUUGAGGAAAACAAGGCCUGCAAAAAUAGGUCAUCACUGCAGCGCUUUAUUUAAUGUUAUUUUCAUUCAAAAUUCAAUUGUGUCCAUCACACUGAUUAUGAAUUUAUGAUAAGGAUUUUGCCCCAAAGAUUCUGUAUUUGUCUUAUCUCAUGCUAACACUGUCAACAUGAGAAACCUGAGGUCUUCAUGCUCACACGCGAUGGUCGUCUGACAAACCAUCCUGAAACCUUUACAAUGACUCAUGAAUGUUUCUGAUGCAACAUUGGGUAUGGCAUUACAUACUUCACAAUUACCUCUUUUGUUCUGUAUUUUGCCUCCUAAAUCAGUAUGUUAAAAUAUCUGAGACUUGUCUCAUCUGUUUUGUACUGUUUGUCAAUAAAACUGUAUAUUUUGAAUUAACAGAUUCUCUUGAGGAUGAGUUAUGGCACCAAUUUCCACAAGUUGUGGGUAAGAAUGUGUGGGUACAGAGCCAUGUGCCUCUAGUUUCAUUCAGUCAGAUUGCGAAUGACUUCUCAUAUCUGGAAUUCAGCUCUCUGUUUAUAUGAUAUAUGAAGUGUGGCAACAUCCUCUUUAUUUAAAUAGAAGUAGAUGAUUAACAGCUGAACACAAGGCAGGUUUUUUUUUUCUUGAAUGCCCCAAUAUGUUUUACUCUAUCAAUCAGGAUAAAACAUUCUGCACAUGCUUAGAGUAAAACAGAAAAUAAAACCCCAACUGUGUUUUAAACUAACAGGAAAAGACUGGCAAUCAUAUCAACACCUGCCUGUGGUGACAUGUUGCGGUAUAUAUUUUGUUGUUUAGUGCUACUUCCAGCUACUAAAAUUACUGGUAGUUAAUCACAUUUUAUAAAUAAAUAAAUUGUGAUAAUGAUAAAAGGACUAAUAACACAGGGGCCUCAAAUAAGCUCAAACUGAACUACUUUCUCGCUAAUAAAGUGUGUAUUUGCAUCGUCUCCGCCGUGUUUCCUUUGUCUAUUUUAAAAAGUAGCUCAUACUCUAGAAAAAACAGCUACGUCCUUGACCACAUGGCUCUUGCUGCAAUACUGUUCUGCUUUUUUUUCUGAGUGGGGAUGAAAGUAGAAUGAGAAGCUUUUAAAGGACAAUUUGUGUACAGUUGUUGGAGGUUUAUGUGAAUCAUUGCGUUACAGUUUAUGGCAAUUUUGUAUCAUCCUUCAAUUAUUAUCACGAUGUUUUGCACAGUGUUUGUAGGCUAGGCUAGUUUUUUUUUUUUUUUAUUUCUAUGACCAGCAGAUGGCGCCAGAAUAACAUCAUAUCUGAGAUGAACAAAAAGGGAACGACAAAGUGUGGGGGGAUAAAAGUAAUUUAGAGAGGACAGAGAAAGGGUAAA